UCAAGCAGCUUAAAGUCUCGUCUCUUCAUGUAAAUGUCAGUUUUUCUGCUGCUGGAUGUUUUGUAAGUCUCUGUUGUAAUAAUAAGCACACGUUUUUAUUUGUAUAACCCUUUAAACAAUACACUUCCAAAUCAGCUUUACAGAAAUGUAUAUCAUAAAUAUGACAUUUUAAUGUGAUAUACAGUAAUCUAUGAUUGAGAGGUUUAGAGCUGAAAGACGGGAUAGCUUACAUUUGAUGAUUAUAUAAACAAUCAACCAGACUGCUAUUAGUUUAUAUUGCUGUAUGUGAUUAGAUGUAAAUCCUGGAUAUAGUUUGAUUUUGAUCAUAUUGUCCAUGUCGAAGCAGUUUAAGUGAGACAAUGAUUAAAAGUGAUGCCAUAAUGCUUUUAUAUUUAGUUCCCCAGAGUGCAAACCAGACACAACUGUGCUAAGGAAUAAAAACAUCACAUGCAUAUUAUUGUGUACGAGCAUCUAAUUUGAGAUUCACAUGCGUUCUGCAUCAUAAACAUGUUCUCCUAACAUCUGACAUUUAGAGCAAUAACACAGAUGAGUAAACACUCUUCUAGAGCUUCAGAUAGAUGUCUGGGUGAUGUGUGUGUGCUUUCAGGCUAGUGAUUGGUCUGCUUUUUAUAGAAAUAUGAUAUUAUAUUAAAAUCAGUCCAUCACAGAUGAUAUGUCUCUCUCUCUCUCUCUGUGUGUGUGUGUGUGUGUGUUUAUCCAGCUGAUGUGUUGUUCUUCUCUUGAACUUUGCCCUGAUGUGACAGUAACUCAUUGGUCCAGUGAGAGAGCAAGGGCUGGAGGACAGACAGACAGACAGAGAGACAGGCAGCGCUGCUGUGUGUUAAAGAGGUUCAGAGCGCUCGGAUCGAGUCAGAGAGCCGAAGCAUGCUCUCUUCAGGCGUGCGUCCACCGGCGUUCUCCACGGCCGUCCGGUCGCUGCAGAGGAGAAGCGGAGGAGGAGUGCGAGACUUCCAGGAGAUCCCUAACACCGGCAGCAAUGGCUGGAUCAACCUGCUGCGCUUCUGGAAGGACGGGAGAUUCAGCCUGCUUCACAAGCACAUGGAGAACACCUUCAGACGCCUCGGACCCAUCUACAGGGAGUCUCUGGGCUCUCAGAGCAGCGUGAACAUCAUGCUGCCGAUGGACAUCGGGGAGUUGUUCCGAUCCGAGGGUCUCCAUCCACGCCGCAUGACGCUGCAGCCCUGGGCCACACACCGAGAGACGCGCAGACACAGCAAGGGUGUCUUCCUAAAGAACGGGACGGAGUGGCGCUCCGACAGACUGCUGUUGAACAAGGAGGUGAUGGUCGCUUCAGCCGUACGGCGCUUCCUCCCGCUGCUGGACGACGUCGCACGGGAUUUCUGCCAUUCUCUGCGACAACGAGUGGAGACGGAGGGCGUGGGGGAGAGAGAUCAGCGCAGUAUGACCCUUGACCCCAGUCCUGACCUCUUCCGCUUUGCCCUGGAAGCGAGCUGUCAUGUCCUGUACGGCGAGCGGAUCGGCCUGUUCUCGUCAUCUCCAUCUGAAGAGGCGGAGCGCUUCAUCUGGGCCGUUGAGCGCAUGUUAGCCACGACACCACCGCUGCUGUACCUGCCUCCACGGCUGCUGCUGGCCCUGCGCGCCCCCCUCUGGACACAGCACGCCACUGCAUGGGACCACAUCUUCAGCCACGCGGAGGCGCGUAUCCAGCGUGGGUACCAGCGUCUGCAGACAGCGGUGGGCGGAGCCUCUGAUGGGCGGUUCCAGGGUGUGCUGGGUCAGCUGAUGGAGGCGGGACAGUUAUCAUCCGAGCUGAUCAAAGCCAACAUCACUGAACUGAUGGCCGGCGGAGUCGAUACGACCGCCGUCCCGCUGCAGUUCGCUCUCUUCGAGUUAGCGAGGAACCCUGAUGUGCAGGAGCGGGUCCGAGCGCAGGUGCUGUCGUCAUGGGAACAGGCUUCAGGAGACCCCCAGAAGGCCCUGCAGGGGGCGCCGCUGCUGAAGGGAGUCGUCAAGGAGACACUGAGGCUGUAUCCUGUAGGAAUCACCGUCCAGCGCUAUCCGGUCCGAGACAUCGUCCUGCAGAACUACCGUGUGCCAGCAGGGACGCUGGUGCAGGUGUGUCUGUAUCCUCUGGGUCGCAGUCCUGAGGUGUUUGAGUGUCCGGAGCGAUUCGAGCCGAGCCGCUGGGCCGCUUCAGGAGAAGGCUUUCGCUCGCUGGCGUUCGGCUUCGGGUCCAGGCAGUGUGUCGGCCGGAGAAUCGCAGAGAACGAGAUGCAGCUGCUGUUACUGCACAUUCUGAGGAACUUCAGACUGACGGUUUCGUCCACAGAAGAGCUGAACACCAAAUACACUCUCAUUCUGCUGCCAGAAUCUCCACCCAGAAUCACCUUCACCACACGCUCACUAUAAAUCACCACUGUUAUUAUUAUUUAUGGAAUAUUGCAGUGUUUAUUAUAAAUUAC